UACAUUCCGAGUGUGCGUCGAGAGGGGAAAGACACUGAACACUGGAGUCCCGACCGCUCAGGAUAACUACUGAACAACGAAGAACACUUUCCCGGACACAUUCGAGAUGGAGGAGAAAGGCCCUGAUGCGGAGAAGGUUGCGGAGCUAAAGCUGUUCGUGGAGCAGUGCAAAUCCAACCCUUCGAUCCUACGAGACCCAUCUCUUGCUUUCUUCAAAAGCUAUCUGCAAAGUAUGGGCGGUCGAAUUCCACCAGAAGCUUCUGAUUCAGAUAAAGGUGUUGAUGACUUUCUAGAUUCUGAGAAACAUGAUACUGGAAGACCCAGCCCAUCAGGUGAUGAUAAGUUGGAUGAGGACAUUAUUGAGUCUGACAUUGAGUUGGAUGACACUGAUGUUUUGGAGCCUGAUAAUGAUCCUCCACUGAAGGUGGGUGAUCCUUCUAUUGAAGUAACCGAAGAAAAUAGGGAUGAUGCUCAAAUGUUAAAAUCAAAAGCUAUGGAUUCAAUUUCUGAAGGUAAACUGCAUGAAGCCAUAGAUUAUCUAACGGAAGCUAUCAUGUUGAACCCAAGCUCAGCUAUAUUAUAUGCAACUAGAGCUAGUGUUUCUGUUCAAAUGAACAAGCCAAACGCUGCAAUACAUGAUGCUGAUGCAGCUUUGCAGAUCAACCCUGACUCAGCAAAAGGGUACAAAAUACGAGGAAUGGCACGAGCCUUGCUGGGCCAGUGGGAAGAAGCAGCAAGAGAUUUGCAUGUAGCAUCAAAGUUAGAUUAUGAUGAGGAGAUCAGUAUGAUUCUUAAAAAGGUUGAACCUAAUGCACGCAAAAUUGAAGAGCACCGGAGAAAAUAUGAACGCCUACGCAGAGAAAGGGAGCUAAGAAAAAUCAAGCAUGAGAGGCAACAUCGACAAGCUGAAGCUCAGGAGACUUAUGAAAGGGAAAAGAAGAUGGGACAAUCUUCAGAGAGUAAAUCUUCUGAUCCGGUAGCUGAGUCUGCCUUAAAGGAUGAUUCUGACCGCACCACCUCUGUAUUCAAUAUGCAGAUCCUUGUCUGUCUAAUAUCUGAAGUCCCAUUUGUGUCUCCAAUAGUCCAUUUUAAUAUUUUAGUUACUUUCAAUUUUUCUUAAUAUUGGUUUGGUAUUUUGUAGUUUGGAUUUGGUUUGGGUUAACUUUUUGAUGGAUAGUUUGACAGUGGCUGAGGGGUAUUUAGAAGCCAGAUACAGUGGUUGUCGUAGGUAAAUGUGGGAAGCUAUGCUAAUGAUCCUGACUGUGGGUCACCGUGUUGGUUGUAAAUUGGGAUGUAGUUUUGUUGGAGAAUGGAGAGAUUGGCAAGAAGAGAAAAAGGAUGGAGGAGAAGGUGGCAAAAAGGGUGAAGAUGUGAGAAGCUUAUGUUCCAUGCUAUAGAGGUAGAGAGAACAGCAAUGGAAGAUGAUGAAUAAAGUUGUUGGGCAUGUUAGCAGAAGUGACAGUUGUGAUGGUCCAAGAUUACGAUAAACUGAGAUGGUUUAUCUCAUAACUUUGUGUGAUAUGGUUAGUACAGUAAUGAGAAGUUUCAGUAUUUGUAUAUAUCUAGCUGGACGCCGAGAAUAUGUUUAUCCAUAUAACCACUCUUCUGUUUAUUUUAUUUUAUUUGUGGCUGAAACACACAACUCUAGUGA